CGACGAUCACCUGUAACAAAAAGAAAACUAUAUUAAUCAUACAAUCAAGUGAUACUAUAGCCGAUAAAAACGAUUAUCGAUACGAGGAUAGUUGUAAUUCGAUAUAUCGUAUCGUGCCCACGUAUAAUAAGUUACUCAUACACGCGUGGUGUCGUCAUUAGCUUCUUACAAGUGAAAUCACGUAACGCCUAUAUAUGACACAGAGUGCACGUUGUUUGUCGAAGAAGUGUAGUGUAGUAGUAGUAGUGUAGUAACAGCGAUUGACUGAGUCUCUCGUAACGGGUGGGAAUUUGAUAAAAGUAUAGUAACAGUUUUGAAGCGGUUAAGAUAGCGUGCUGUUUAACGUAAGCACGGUUUCUUACGUUCCUUGAUUCAUUUUUUUAAUAGGGCAAUGAUAGGAUGAACACUUUCAAGUGUUUUGUGUUCGUCUUCGCUCUUGCGGUUAAUUCAUUAACAAAUGCAUAUGACUACGAAUGUAAUGUGCCUCUUUUGGAUAAAGCCCAUUUAACAGCAACUACAUCUUUACCGGAGAGAGGAGCUAAAAAUGCAAGACUUAAUGGCGGAAACGCAUGGACGGCUAGCAGCUCAGACUUUGGCCAAUACCUGACUAUUGACCUGGGUCAAGUAAUGAAUAUCACGGCUGUGGCAACCCAGGGACGAGCUCAUAAGAAUGAGUAUGUUAUGGAAUAUGGUAUCAGCUAUGGUACCAAUGGUCUUGAUUAUGUGGAUUUUAAAGAAGAAUCUGGUAAUAUCAAGAUGUUCAAAGGAAAUACAAAUGGAGAUACCAUCAAACUUAAUAAAUUUGAAGUUCCAAUAAUAGCACAAUGGAUAAGAAUAAAUCCAACCAGAUGGCGAGAUAGAAUAUCAUUAAGACUUGAAUUAUAUGGAUGUGACUAUGAAUCUGAUGUAUUAUCGUUUAAUGGAUCAUCUCUGGUUCGUUUAGAUCUGUUGAGAGAACCGAUUGAAACCGAUAGACACUCUAUACGUUUUCGUUUUAAAACUAACUUUGCAGAUGGUAUAUUAAUGUAUUCGCGUGGUACGCAAGGAGAUUUCAUUGCAUUGCAACUACGCGACAACAGAAUGUUAUUGAAUAUAGAUCUUGGAUCUGGUGUUAUGACAAGUUUAUCAGUAGGAAGUCUUUUGGAUGAUAACAUGUGGCAUGAUGUUGUUAUAUCAAGAAAUAGAAAAAAUAUUUCUUUCUCCGUCGAUAGGGUAUUAAUAAAAGAAAGAGUCAAAGGAGAAUUUCAUCGUCUAGAUUUAAACAGAGCGCUUUAUAUAGGUGGAGUACCUAACAAGCAAGAAGGUUUAGUAAUAGGCCAAAAUUUCACAGGAUGUAUAGAAAACUUUUAUUUGAAUACUACCAAUAUUAUUCAUGAUUUAAAAGAAACUGAAUAUACAGGAGAAAAUUUAAGAUAUCACAAGGUCCAUGCGCUUUACAAUUGUCCUGAACCUCCUGUCAUUCCUAUAUCCUUUUUAACACCUGGAUCUUAUGCACGGCUCAAAGGUUAUGAAGGAAUUCAAUCGUUGAACGUUUCACUUGGAUUUCGAAGUUACGAAGAUCGAGGAAUAAUCCUUUAUCAUAAAUUUACAUCUCCAGGAUACGUUAAACUAUUCUUAGAACAAGGCAAAUUGAAAGUCGAAAUCGAAACGUCAAAAAGUGCGAAAGUAAUUUUAGAUAAUUUUGAAGGAAAAUUUAAUGAUGGAAAGUGGCAUCAAGUGAUUUUAACAAUAGCACAAAAUACUCUUAUAUUAAAUGUUGAUGAUAGACCUAUGAGAACUAAACGUCUUUUGGAAAUGGUAACUGGACCAAUAUAUUGGGUUGGUGGUAUGACAGGAGAAGAAAGUAAUCGUGGGUUUGUUGGAUGUAUGAGAAUGAUAAGUAUUGAUGGAAAUUAUAAAAUACCAACUGAUUGGAAAGAAGAAGAAUACUGCUGUAAAAAUGAAGUUGUUUUUGAUGCUUGUCAAAUGGUUGAUCGUUGUAAUCCUAAUCCUUGUAAACAUUCUGGUAUAUGCAGUCAAAAUUCAGAUGAAUUCUUUUGCGAUUGUACUCAUACUGGUUACUCAGGAGCUGUUUGUCACACUUCACUAUAUCCCUUAUCUUGCGAAGCAUAUAAAAAUAUGAAUUCAGUAAAUCAAAGAGCAGAAAUUAAAAUUGACGUUGACGGAAGUGGAUCAUUAGCACCUUUUCCAGUAACUUGUGAAUUUUUUGCCGAUGGACGAGUAAUGACAGUUCUAAGGCAUAGUAACGAAUACCCAACGCCUGUUGAUGGAUUUGAAGAACCAGGCAGUUUUAUUCAAGAUAUCAAUUACGAUGCCGAUCUUGAUCAAAUAGAAGCUUUCUUAAAUCGAUCAACGAGAUGUAGUCAAAGAAUAAAAUACGAAUGUAAACACUCGAAAUUGUUUAAUUCACCAGUUCCACAGAAUGAGUACUUUAAACCAAAUUCGUGGUGGGUAAGCAGGCAAAAUCAAAAAAUGGAUUAUUGGGGUGGCGCUUUACCUGGUUCACGUAAAUGCGAAUGUGGAAUACUUGGAAAUUGUGCGGAUCCGAAUAAAUGGUGUAACUGUGAUGCUGACUUAGAAGGUAGACUCGAAGAUAGCGGUGAUAUUACAGAGAAGGAAUAUCUUCCUGUGAAACAAUUACGUUUCGGAGAUACUGGUACACCCUUGGAUGAAAAAGAAGGCAAAUAUACCUUGGGAUCACUUAUUUGUGAAGGAGAUGAUUUAUUCCAGAAUGUAGUAACGUUCCGCAUUGUUGAUGCUACCAUUAAUCUACCUACUUUUGAUAUUGGCCAUAGUGGGGAUAUCUAUUUCGAAUUCAAGACGACUAUUGAAAAUGCUGUAAUUAUUCAUAGCAAGGGUCCUACAGAUUAUAUCAAAGUUUCUAUAAACGGUGGAAACCAGAUACAUUUUCAAUAUCAAGCAGGUGGUGGACCACUUGCUGUAAGUGUUGACACAUCUUAUAAAUUAGCUGACAAUCGAUGGCAUUCCGUUUCCGUCGAAAGAAAUCGUAAAGAAGCUAGAAUAGUUAUUGAUGGAGCUUUGAAGAACGAAGUUAGGGAACCUCCUGGACCAGUGCGGGCGCUUCAUCUUACUUCGGAUUUGGUAAUUGGGGCAACUGUUGAUUAUAGAGAUGGCUUUGUAGGCUGUAUAAGAGCUUUACUUUUAAAUGGACAAUUACAAGAUAUUAGAAGUUAUGCAAGACGUGGACUGUAUGGUGUUAGUGAAGAUUGCGUAGGACGAUGUGAGAGUAAUCCGUGUCUUAACAAUGGUACAUGUCACGAAAAGUACAAUGGAUAUUGGUGUGACUGUCGUUGGACUGCAUUCAAAGGACCAAUUUGUGCGGAUGAAAUUGGCGUUAACAUGCGUUCAAACUCAAUGAUAAAAUACGACUUUAUGGGCAGUUGGCGUUCUACAAUUUCCGAAAAAAUUAGAGUUGGUUUUACAACGACUAAUCCCAAAGGGUUCCUACUUGGUUUAUUCUCGAAUAUUUCAGGAGAAUAUAUGACGAUUAUGGUUUCUAACAGUGGUCAUUUACGCGUAGUCUUUGAUUUCGGUUUCGAACGACAAGAAGUUAUAUUUCCGUCGAAACAUUUUGGUUUGGGCCAGUAUCAUGACGUUAGAUUAAGUAGAAAAAAUUCUGGAUCAGUUCUCGUUUUGAAAGUUGAUAAUUAUGAACCAAAAGAAUUUCAUUUUGAUAUUAAAACUUCGGCCGAUGCUCAAUUCAAUAAUAUUCAAUAUAUGUAUAUAGGUAAAAAUGAAUCUAUGACUGAAGGAUUUGCAGGUUGUAUAUCUAGAGUCGAAUUUGAUGACAUAUAUCCUUUAAAGUUACUAUUUCAAGAGAAUGGUCCAGGAAAUGUUAGAUCUUUAAGUAAUACACCGAUUACAGAAGACUAUUGCGGAGUAGAGCCAAUAACGCAUCCACCAAAUAUUGUUGAAACACGACCGCCACCUGAUGUAGAUGAAAACAAAGUUAGAGCGGCUUAUAAUGAAACGGAUACUGCAAUUUUAGGAAGUGUAUUAGCUGUCAUUAUCAUAGCUCUAGUAAUUAUGGCAGUACUUAUAGGAAGAUACAUGUCGAGGCAUAAAGGUGAAUAUUUGACUCAAGAAGACAAAGGUGCGGAAAUUGCAUUAGAUCCAGAUUCAGCGGUUGUACAUUCCACAACCGGUCAUCAAGUUCAAAAGAAAAAAGAAUGGUUUAUAUAAAUUCUAUAUAGAAAUAAUAUAAUUAACAAGUGCACGUUUAUCUUUGGAUACAUUAUUAAGAGAAAAAAAGUAUACAUAGCGAGAUGAGAGUUCGAGAUUUGUACUUUGUUUCUCUAUUCCCAUGUAAUUAUAAAGUUAAUGCUAAGUAUUUGAUAUAUAGUAGAAAUGGCUGUCUACCACUUCAUACAGUUAUAAGAUAAAUCAACGAAAACAUUAAUAUAAUCUCUAUUAUUAAUGUUAUUGACAAAGAAUUUUCGUUUCAACGAGCUCAGAAAAUAAUAGAAGUAGAAAUAAUUGCCUUGAUCAAUAAAACGUAAAACUACCUGAGAAAAUCUCAUUAGCGCAGGGAAGAACGAGCCAUAUUUCUUUUUAAUUGUGAAAAUAUGAUUAUUUUCUAAAGUUAUUAAUGGCUCAAUUAUUUCAUAUAAAUACUUGUAUGACUUAUAAGUAUUUAUACUGUAAUUAUAGAUAUAUGAAUAUUUAUUAACUGUACAUCUGGCAUUAUAAUUAGUCGAAAAAUAUAAUUUUUAAUUAUUAAUCCAAGUCAAAUAGCAGAAAUAGUUCAAUAUUAUUGAUCCAGAUUUUAUUUUUCAAUUUUUAUAUAUCGUAACUUUUAUAUUAAUUUGGAAACUAACUCUCGGAGACGUCGUUAUUAAAGUAUUUUGUGUUAAUUUUGUUAUGCCAGUAAAUAUCUAAUUUUUUAAUUUUUCGUACGAUUCAAACGUUUUUGUCAAUGUACAAAAGCCAUUUUAUUAGUUACGCAUCUCUAUUUCUUUUAAUACUAACUCACAGUAUUAGUUGUAAUCUUUACCGUCCAAAGUGCAUUUUUUUUUGUUUUUAAUUUUAUUUUUAAUUUUAAUUUUAAUUUUGUUUUAUUUUUAUUCGUUAAUUAUAUUUUUACACAUUUUUAGUUUAGUAACUUAAGAAAUAUAAAUCCACAAUGAUAACUUAAUAAUUAACUUAGUAUACUAUUCUUAAUAUACUCAAGUAUUACGAUGGAAAUGUAUGUACAUAUGACAUUUUUAUAUGAGCAACUUUGAUUAUUUUUAUCAUUAAACUGUAUUUGAUAAAUUGUAAUUAGAACAUGGCAUUUAUUGUCAAAUAAAGGCGAACAUACCGCAAAAAGAGAGUAUCGACAAAUAACAAA